UAGCACGACAGGUAGUUUGUUGGAAGAAAACUACAAACACUCCCACAAUGCUCCACGCUGCCGUGUUUUGCUGUCAAGGAAGCGGACACGUGGAACUCGUUGCGCUGCAACAGUUACGUACGUUCAUAAUAUUUUCUAAUUACAGGGGAAGUACUUGCGGAUGUUCAGUCGGUCUUCAGCUACCAUUAACUGGUAUAGACUGCUAGUCAUAUACUAUUCAUUCGUGGCAGUAAAGUAUAUGUGCUUUUGCACUCUUUUCUUGCAAUAGUUAUUUUUUCUCGCAAAAUUGCUAAAAUAUUAAACUUAUGGCAGUAAAUGAACGGGGUGGAUGGGAGUCCGUCGUCAUAGAGAGCCUAAGGAGUUUCAGAGACAGAUACUUACAAAGUGUCAGAAAUGUCAGUCGGAGUGAUCAUCUGAUGAAAAGGUCCAAUGAUGAGGCGUCCGCUACUGAAAGCCAUUUGGAAAGAUUACCAAUUGACUUGCACCUGUAUAUAAUGUCUUUCCUUUCACCUCAAGAUCUUUGUCGUCUGAGCUGUACAAGCCAUUACUGGAACAGUACUGUUCAUGAUCCUUUACUGUGGCGAUAUUUCCUUUUAAGAGACAUUCCUUUAUGGUCAUCUGUUAAUCAUAAUUCACUACCUGACUUGGAAGUAUUAACUAAAACUUCAUCUGAAUUGUUGGAAAAUGCAAACCAUGACUACAUGUCACAAUAUUUAAAAAGUUGCCCAGAGUGCAGAAGGUAUGGAAAACCUAACAGACCUGUAUAUGGUGCAGUUACAUCUUUCUUACAUUCCCUGGUGGUAAACACAGAGCCCAGGUUUGCUAUGUUUGGACCAGGUUUGGAGCAGUUGGAUGUUUCUCUGCUGACAAAGAUGAUGUAUUCUCCAGAAGUGCUACCAGUUGCAGGCCUGCCUCAAAGACAAAUAAAUGGAAUUGGUUCAGGAAUCAGUUUCAUGUUUAAGAACCAGCAAAAGCUUAAUAUAAUCACUCUCUACUCUGCUGUUAGGAAAGAAAGGGAGCGUGCUCGAACAGAACAGAACAAUAUUCAGAAUCCAGCUUUCCUUCAGGGUGAUGAAAGAGCCACAGAGAACUGUACAAGGAGGUACACAGUUAUCCCUCUUGUGGAAAAUGUCUGCAAUGUGGUAGAUGGUUUCAUUUAUGUUGCCAAUGCUGAGUCAAACAGAAGUCAUGAACGUGAAAAUGAAUUUGAGCAGAUCCAGGCAAUGUUAUGUCAACCUUAUGCCACUUCAAACCGGCCUUUACUGGUUCUGUCUUGUAUUUCAAGAGCAGGAGUAAAUAAAAUUCCUAGUAUUUACAUGGCACAUCAAUUACAUUUAAAUAAACUUUCAUUUCCUUGGUUGGUUCAAGAUACUGAAGCUGAAACACUAAUUGGACUUCUUGAUGGGAUUGAAUGGUUAUUACGAGAAUCAGGAAUGAAUGUCUAGAAGUAAAGGAGCAUACAAACUGAAUUGUACAGCCUAGAAAACCUUUGAACAUUUGUACACUUUGUUAUAUUUUUUAAACUGUAAAUUGACAGUUGCACAUCUAUAUUAUGUGUUAAUAAUUCACUAGUCUAAAGUUUUGUAACAUAUAUGAUAUAUUGUCGAUAACAUACUUAGCUUUUUUAUUUCAAUAUUUUAUUGACCUUGAAGGUCUUUACUGCAAUAAGCCACUUUAAAAUGAAUGAAUGGAUGGAUUAUUUAUAUUCUUCUUCAUAAAUUGGAACAGGUGGUUUUAGAAAGUUAUUAGUAUAUUUUACAAGUUCAUAUGCUCACCUAAAAUUAAGUUCCUUUAUCUAGUGGUUUAUUGUUAGCCCACACACACAAACAUACAGUAGGUGUUAAAGAAUGAAAUGAAAUGAAAAUUAAAAUGUUUUAAGAAAUGUAGCGAUUAUUUUGACCUAAUGUCAGUUUAAUUUCUUGAAGUAUCUGUUGUGUAACAAGAAAGUGGUCAGGUCUCUUGACGGUGGCUGAGGUCUUGGCUCCCCAGCUGGGCAUAGAAGGCCUCAUUUAGAGGAAAAAGCUACAAAUUCUUAAUGGCUUAAUACAUUUCAACAUGACAGCACUCAGAUUUUAGAACAACGUACCAUUCAGACGUAAAGCAAACAGCAGGCUGCUCUCUUUAUCAUCCUCUUCAAAUAUUACAGUACCUGCACGACUUAGUCCAAUAGAGGAUCUAGUUCUUUCAGAUGCCACUUCUUUCUUCUUUUCUCUCUGUAAAUAGUAUAUUCUGGUAGGGUUUUGAUUACACGCUUGGCCUUCAGUUCUGUGUUGUUUUUAAUUUGACUCUUGAAUGUUUGCAUUUGAAAGGGGCCUUGUCUCACAACUCCGUUUCUGUUAAAACUAUUUCAAGGACAAGCUACAAUCCUUUUAUGUAAAUACUAGCUAAUGUUGUUUAAUGUUGUUUGUAAAAACAAGAAAAUUUUGGAAAGAAAACACAAGCGAUACACCACCAAUUAAAGUGCAUAAUAACAUACAGUGAUCUAUUGAGUAUAUUUGCUGCACAUUACAGGAGAAUGGAUUCUGAACAGAAAGCAAUCUAUGAUAAACUUAAUAGCGGUUGUUAACAAGAGUUUAAUAAAACACAUUACCACACUACAUAAUGUUUCCUGGGUAAGUAAUUUUAUAAAAGGUGUUGCUUAAAGUGUAAUCUCCCAGAGACAAUAAAUAAUGAAUCACUUUCCAAAA